AUGUUAGUAACAACACAGGUCAGCAAGCAACAUGAAGAAAUCGUAUCGAAACAAUUCAUGAAACAGUUCGAUCGAUUAAUUUCUGAUAUAAAUGUACAAUUGACAUUACUGGAAGCUAAAACAUAUACCGUGCCGGAAAAUCAUUCAUCUCAAACAAGCGUCAUAAGCAACUCAUCCUCAUCAAUAACCAAUUUAUCGUCAAUGGAACGGGAUAGAUCAAAAAAGCUUGAGCAAAUUGAUAACGAACUGAUGCAAUUGGAAUUGCGCCUUGCUAACAUUGAAAAGCGCAUACAAGAGGAUGUAGAAGCGGAAGAAAUUGGCAUUGAGUUUCCAAUCGCUGAUAUCAUUGACUAUGUGACAGCAAUUAAAGUGACAAUGUAUAAGCGACACCUAUUAGCCAAUCAACUUCAUCGAGUUAUCCUCAACGACGAGAAAUUUAAGGAAGAAGCCAAAUUUUUGAGGAAAGAUUUCGCUGUUUGGACUAAAGAAGAGCGUGAAGAUUUAUUGACAAAAAUGGCUCGUUUAGAAGAAUCAUUAAAUAAACUUCAAGAAUUUCCGUCAGUUUAUGAUGAUGAAUUUAACAAAUAUUAUCCGUUAAUGAAUGAUUUGGGUCUCCUGAAACGUUUUGUUUCACGAUUUUUGGAUAAAUAUGAGAUGGAUAGUAGUACAGCUUCAACGGCAAGAUUAACAUCAUCAUUUUCGUCAUUUCAAUAAGGUCAAAUGAAUGUGAUCAAAUCGGAUGCUCUAAAAGAGAUGUCAAAAAAUGCUAAAAAAACAUCGCGCAUUAUUGCAGUACUUAAUCUAGAAAAAAAUAAGGUAAUGAUGGGAACAAGUUUUUGGAUUAAUGUUACUACAAUAUUUUUCGCGCUGUCACUUUGUGUUGUAAUUUUAAUAUGUGGUGCGAUUUUCAGCAGCAUCAAUGAUUUUUAUAAAAAUGCCCUUGAUGACCUCAAAAAAUUCCAGAUUAUCGAAAAAAAUGUCUGGAAUAAACUUUCGCAAUUUCCCUCUAUGCGAAUCAUUCGAAAAAUACCGCUGAAAUCUCCAGAAUAUAAUCGAAGGCGGAGACAAAUUUCACGAAAAUUACAAGAAAUUAAUUUCGAAAAUGACAAUUAUAUGGCAUCAUUGGAAGAAAUUUCCUCGCAAAUUAUUCCUAUCAUUUACAGAAGUGGCGAAGAAUUAAAACAAAAUUAUCGUAGUCCAAUUCUUAAGUGCUUAAAAAUUUAUCCAUGUCCAAGCGGACUACCGGGACCUCCUGGAAACAAGGGAGAAGAUGGAGAACCAGGAAUUCCUGGCGCUGAUGGUUAUCCUGGCUUGCCAGGAAUUACUAUUGGGUAUGUGAUGUCAAAUUGUGUCAAAUGUCCAGCAGGUCCACCUGGCCAAAAAGGACCUGAUGGACCACCAGGAGAAGAUGGUGUACCUGGUAAGCCAGGUUUAAUUAGAGCACUUCAUGGGCCACCAGGACCAAUCGGUGAUCCGGGACCUUCAGGUUUGCCAGGUAAGCAAGGAGAACCUGGUAUGCCCGGUGCACCUGGCAUGCCAGGUACUAAGUAUUUGAUUGGUGCUUGCGGACCAAAAGGACCGCCAGGAUUACGAGGUCUUGCUGGAGAGCCUGGAAUUCCUGGCAAACAAGGGCCACCUGGAAAAAUCGGAUCGAUUGGUGUAAUGGGAGCUGCUGGUGAACCAGGUUUAAGCGGAGCACCAGGACCUGAUGGAAUGCCUGGACCACCAGGAAUUCCUGGCAUUGAUGGUCAAUAUUGUGUCUGUCUAUCACGGGACAAAACAUCGCCAACUUCAUACCCGCAACCGCCAGCUUUUCAACCUUCCAAUUUACGCUCAGUGAAUAAUCGACAAACUUCAAAUGAACCCACACAUACAACUAUCACUGAUACUCAGAUUCAAUCUAAUACAAAAUCAAAAAUUAGUCCCUAUUAUCGGAAAACCUUAGGAGCUACGAUACAUCAGAUCCCUGGUUUCAAAGCUAAAUCCAUGUUAGUCCCGAAACAAAUCGAAUUUAAUCCAUUUCCUGUUCCUGGCUCAUUAUCUACGAUAGGAUCGGUUGUGCAACAUGUAGAAAACAAAAAAAUCAAUUAUACGGUAACAUCAUAUCCUUCCAAUCACCAAAGAAUCAUUGAUAAAUCAAAAAAUUGA